AAAUGUCUGCUAUAACAUCCUUCUUAGAUUCAGAACCUGGUCCUUGUAGAUCCAAACAUCCUUGUGGCUGACAACCUUGAAACAAGCUACAACAAGCUGAAACAGGGGACAUCCAGUUUGUUCGUGCAGCUUAUGAUACCUAUAAAGCUAAUGCUAUCACUGUACUUAAAAACAUUAAGUUAAAUCUUUCUUAACAAACUAAAAAUAAAACAUAUGUUGGGAACAUUGCCGUCUAACUUGCCUCGUCACAUUUUCACUGAACUAACUAAACCUGAAAAACCAGUUGUCUCAGUUGUGUAAAUGUAUUCACAUCAUCGUGAUACCUGAGACACGAGCCACAUGCAGUCUGUGUGUCUGGCUCAAGGGAACUGCUGGCACACCAUGAAAAAUAAAGUGAGGAGUAGAAGGACACUCUAGCUAAAUAUACAGUUUAGCUUCUGUGAGUGUGAAGCCAAAUACAACUGAGUCCUCUCUCACAUACACACAUACACCCACACACACUCUGCUGCCUGUGCGUUUAAAGGAGGGCAGAUCACAAGGUUUGUCUGCCGGUUGGGGGGAAGGAGGAGUGAGAGGGAGGAGUUCUUCUCCAUCCUAUCGCUGAGCUUCCUGAAACAGAGGCAGAGCACAUGGCUGCCGGUUUUGAAACCACCCUCUAACAGUGAGAUGAUGCAAGUGUCAUGGUGGUGGAGGACAUGUGCGCCUGUGCAGUCCCUCCCCCCAUCGAGUACAGACAAGGAAGCAGAAUGUAAGCCUGUGAGUGUGUGAAAGAGUGUGUGUGGGGGUAAAGGAAGGAGGGAGGAAGGCACACACACUCACUCACACACACACACACACACACACAUAUAUUUGCGACAGAUGUAACUGAAAAAGCUGUAAUCACAAUGGAGAGAAGGUUUUAGAAAGGAGAGCGAUCAGAAGGAAGCUGUUCUUGGGUUCUGGACAAGAUUUUACAUAUCUACUUUUCUUACUUUACCUCAUUCCUACCUCCAUCAUGUCUCUGUUGACUCAUGUGCUGGCGUGUCUGUUUGGCAUGGGCUCCUGGGUGGCCAUCAAUGGGAUGUGGGUGGAGCUCCCUCUACUUGUAUCAGAGAAGAUCCCAGAGGGCUGGUACCUGCCCUCUUACCUUACUGUCCUCAUUCAAAUGGCCAACAUAGGUCCUCUCUUCAUCACCUUGAUGCACCGCUUCCGCCCAGGAGCCCUGGAUGAGCGGCCUGUCAUCUACUGUAUCGUAGGCUUGGGAAUCAUUGCUACAUUCCUGCUGGCUUUCUUCUGGAGGCACACAGUGACCAUAGCAGGCUCUCCGCACAGUGUGCCCCUGCUGAUUUUAAGCUUCCUGCUGUCUGUGGUGGACUGCACAUCAUCUGUCACCUUCCUGCCUUUCAUGAUGCGUCUGCAUCCACAAUAUCUCACAACCUAUUUUGCAGGUGAAGGCCUGAGUGGUCUGGUGCCUGCACUGGUGGCCCUGAUUCAGGGUGUUGGUGUGGUCCACUGUGAAAAUGCCACUUUGGCUUUAAACAAUUCAGCUGAUAAUUCCAGCGUGGAGCACAGCGGUGAACUAAAAGCCAUCUACCAGCCGGCCAAAUUCUCCAUCCAGGUCUUCUUUGUGUUUCUCAGUGCCAUGAUGGUUGUAUGCCUAGUGGCCUUCAUUCUACUCAACCACCACCCAGCUGUGGCUCAAGAGAGGAAGAGUGACCGAUACUUCAAUGGAGAUCUGGAAUGUGAGAAAAGGGAGCAAGGUUUGGCUUUGCAUGCCCAGACACCAGAGCAGAAGCCAAUGAUUAGUCCUCUAGAUGCCAUCAGGAAAGAACCUCGGAGCUCUUUUGGGAGAGGAACAUACAGCAACUUCGAGGUGGCCUUCAUCUUUAUGGUACUAGCUUGGGUCAAUGCUCUGACCAAUGCCGUGCUUCCCUCAGUGCAGUCCUACUCCUGCCUGCCUUAUGGGAACAAGGCCUACCAUCUAGCCGCCACCAUGGCUGCUGUUGCAAACCCUGUAGCCUGCUUCAUCGCCAUGUUAGUUCCAUUCAGGUCUCUUAUCUUCAUGGGGUUUUUGACCGUGUUUGGGACUGGAUUUGGAGCGUACAUCAUGGCCAUGGCUGCUCUUAGCCCCUGCCCUUUGCUCGUAUACAGUACCUCUGGAACUGUAAUCAUAGUGUUGGCCUGGAUCCUGUUUGUCCUGUUACUUUCCUACGUGAAGGUCAUCAUCGGGGUGAUUCUCAGGGACGAGGGCCACAGCGCCCUCGUGUGGUGCGGCUCUGUAGUGCAGCUGGGAUCAAUGCUCGGCGCUCUGUCCAUGUUCCCACUUGUCAGUGUCUAUCGACUUUUCAGGUCAGGUGAUGCUUGCAACACCAAGUGUCCAUCGUAAAAAAUGAAUUUGUUUUAAAGAUAGACACUGCAGUUCAAACUUUAGCCUAUGAUGCACUUAUUUUAGUUGCACUGAACUCCAUGCAGUCAUGAGUUUUACAUAUUCCAACUUGUUUUAGGAGAGCUGAGAGGUCGCAGGCGAUCAUUACACCACAGUUUCAUAUCACUCCUGUUUGUUUGCUAUUUUUCUAUAAGAUUUAUUUAUAUUUAUAGAGCUAUGGAGUGAACACUACAAAAGCCUGAAGUUACAUCCACAUGUUCAGUUCUUUAAACCAUAAAAGACCAAAUUUGAAGGGAUUUUACAUGUUUAACAAUUCCUUAUAAAUUCAGAGAACAUUUUACUUGAACUUUUAAAAUGACAUGAAAGUAUAAUUGAUGGAUUUUAUGUCUGUUAUAACUUAUGGUACCAUUUAGCUGUAAAAUGUGCCUUAAUUGUAGAUGAUGAGAGAUUUGUGCUUUUUCUUCUGUUGAUAACAAUGAUGGUAGCUGAAUAAAUUGUUUGUUUCUGUUACUGAAGUGGAGUAAAUGUUCAACAACCAAAUAAACCAAAUAAAAUCUG